AUGUCGGUAACGUUUCCCUGGUUUUCACCGACCGAGUCAGAGUUGGUUCGGGUGAAAGUUCGAGCCAUUGAAGACAAGAAGUGCAUGAAGCUUGAUCCAUCGGGAAACAUAUGGGGAUUCUUCGGGUGGACUACGGUGUCCGAGGAUACAACUGAGAUUGUUCUGACUGAAGGGGAGAUCGAUGCGAUGACAGUGUAUCAGGAAACGGGUUUACCGAGUUUGUCUUUGCCCAACGGAGCAAGUUCUCUUCCCGUGGAGCUGAUUGCGAUGCUGGAGCGUUUUCAAACAAUAUACCUGUGGAUGGACGACGAUGUUCCUGGAAGAGAAGGAGCCAGGAUGUGUCUGAAGAAACUCGGCCGUCAUCGCUGCAAAGUCGUCUGGUGUAGAGAUGGUGGUAACAGUGGUCCAAAGGAUGCCAACGAUGCGCUUCAGAAAUACGAAAUCUCGACAAUCCUGUCCAAAGCACAGAUUGUUCCCCAUGAUCACAUACUGCGGUUCGAGGACAUCAGGAGGGAGAUACAAGAACAGCUCACGAGUUACAACUCCAUCUCUGGGAUUUCUUUCGGAUCAGCACUGCCAACCUUGACCAAGAUCCUCAAGGGCCAUCGGCCGGGAGAAUUCACUAUAGUCACGGGAAGGACAGGGCAGGGCAAGACGACGAUGCUGUCUCAGUUGAGCAUCGACCUCUGUGAACAAGGAGUUCACACCCUGUGGGGAAGUUUUGAGAUCAAGAAUGCUCGUCUCGGCGCAAAGAUGCUGCAGCAGCAUUCGAAGAAGUCGCUGCGGGGUUGCUCUGAUCGCGAAUUCAACGAUGCGGCGGAUGCAUUUUCACAGCUGCCGUUGUGGUUCUUGUCGUAUUAUGGCACAACUGAUAUUGAUGAUGUUCUCGACGCGAUGGAAUUUGCAGUCUACUCCAAAGAUGUCAAACAUGUCGUCCUCGACAACUUACAAUUCAUGACAUCGGGAGCCUAUCGCGAAAGUGACACGUUCAAGAUUCUAGAUCAGGCCAUUCACAAACUUCGCUUGUUUGCAACAGAUUUCAAUGUUCACAUCUCGCUGGUGAUUCAUCCACGCAAGGACGACGAGAGCCAGCUGCUUACCCUCUCCUCGAUCUUCGGGACUGCCAAGGCAACGCAAGAAAGCGACAAUGUGAUUAUCUUACAAACCAACGGAGCCAUCAAGUACUUGGACAUUCGCAAGAAUCGUUUCGACGGAUCGCUAGGUUGCGUCCCCUUCAAGUUCAACGAGAAAACUCUCCGCUACGAAGAGAUGGAGCCUGAUGAAGUUCUGGCGAUGGAGCAAGAGUAUGCCAACAGCCUGUGAGAAGACGAGGACAAACUUUCUGCUCUUGCGCGAAUUUUCGUCCAACUCCUCGUGCAAUCGUCGGCAAAGGAGAUAGAUGCAAUGGAGAUCAUGUGUAGAUAAGGAUGAACACGCAAGACGAGCUGGGGAGCGAUUACCACACUGUAUAUUUACAUUCAAAACAAACAUUUUGAUGGAGACGAAGACGAUGGAAGAGAAGAAAAUCUUGGUUGAGAUCGGAAAACACCCAACCAUCAAAGAAUAAAGAAAGUUACAUCUC